AUGGCUACAGCUCCACAACGACCGGGCUUGGGAAGUCGAACUUCUUCAGCUCCGGGGGGCCUUUAUAAACUCGAUCUGGUGCGGAACCCAGGAUCUGGGACGAAAUCCGAACACACAUUGGUAGAGGAGGAUGAGGGGUCGCCAAUUGCAGGCGAGCCGAUCAAGCGGACAGGAUUUCAUCAGGAGAAGGAAUCUUCCAAGGGCGGUUUCCCCGAAGUGACGAUUGCAGUCGUCGGCGAAGAAAAUGCCGGCAAGACCAGCUUCGUCAAAUGUGCGCUGGAUAUGAAGAAUCCCCCUUCCUCCGCUAUGAACAAGAAGAAAAUGUCCUUGGACGGAUCGGUCUAUAUUGUGCAUUUGAUGGAAGUCGACUUGACCCAGAUUCAACUCGACCAGGACAAGAAGAUCAUCUGGCCGCGUGCAGGACGCGAUAAGACCCCAGUCAUUGACGCGGUUCUGGUUCUACACGAUGCCACCAAGCCGGAUCGACUUUCUUUAACGACGAACCUCAUUUACUCAUUGGCAGCCUCGGAUCUUCCUUUCUUGCAAGUUGCCUGCAAAUGCGAUGUCAACCCUGAACCCUUGGAAGAUACCAAAGUGGAUGCGAUCCAUGACCGAUACGAGAUCUACCGAACUUCAUUUUCAUCACCUCGAUCUCAACGCAUGUGUAUAGCGUUAGUUUUGGGGGCAGUGAUUUCUACUCGAGAAGAUCUCUCGAAUAUUCCUUCACAUUCACCUAAAACUAUUCAAAAUUGGCAUACCCGUGCCAACUCGGAAAACCCCUCAGCCGUGUUUACAGGCCAAACGGCCUCAGAUCGAUGUGUCGACGGGGAUGGUGAGAACCGUCCAACCGACGGAGACCAUUUACAGCAUACGGUCAAUUCCCACCGUUAUGCCCGCAGUAACUCGCAACCGGUGCGACCGCAAACUCCGCCAUCUGGAGCGCGUUUAAAUACCCGCAGGCCGUCAGUACAAGAAGAUUCCCCAAAUCACGAUAGCCGUCAGCAACGAUUGCAUACCGCCUGGCGACACAGUGGAGGAUCAGACGCCUUCAACAGUUUCUUAAACAUGGACGACGAGGUAGAUGAUGGACACAGCCGGCCCCCAAGCCCUAGCGCAGUUGUGCGGCCAAAGCCGAGCAGCGAGAGCAACUCGAGUGCAGAGACCGGUCUAUCCUUCGAUGAGCUAGUCGAUCGUUUGAUUUCCUUGCCGCUUUCGAAACAGGAUCAAAAGUUCCGUUCUAUAUUCCUAUGCCUGUACCGAAAGUUUGCCGCUCCCGCGAGUCUCCUAACUGCCUUGAUAAGCCGGUUCGAGCGAAAUGAGAUGGGCAACGACGAUCAGCUGGCCCGCAUGGCGGAUCAACUGCGAUUGCUUGAUGUCAUGGCUCAAUGGGCCUCGGAUUAUCCUGGAGAUUUCGCUCAUCCCAACCUUCGCAAACGAAUUAUUGAAUUUGUCGCGAUACUCGAAAAGAGCCAUUUCUACAUGUUUGCUGCCAAGGAGAUCGGAUCGCAAUUAGAUUCGAAUGCAGAAGAUGAUGAUAUUGGUUGGGCAUAUGGAGGUGAUGGUGAUUCCGAUGAACCCCAACUGGUUGAGACAUUCUUCGACAACUCCGGCCGAAGUUCUCCAGCAGCAGUUCACGCUGGUGCUGACUCCGGAACCACCACAUAUGACACCGAAGAAGAACAAGAUCCCAUCUAUAGUAUGAGUGCGCUGGACCUCAGUACUGGGCCACAUGAUUCGACCUCACGACUCUCGGGCACUCUUUCAGUCUCAUCGAAUACCGACAAAUCCAACAGCAUCACCAACCAGUCAUUCACAUUGUUGAGCCUGGAAGCAGCCCAAAAAGAAGCUUUGCGUCUUGAAUUAACUAAUAAAAUAUCACUUGGCAAACUCCAGUGGCGGGUCUUCAUGGAUACCCCAGAAGAGGAGUUCGCCCGAGAACUGACUCGAAUUGACUGGAUCAUGUACAAUUCAUUCCGGCCACGUGAUCUUGUGCGUCAUGUCAGCAUCUCGGGCAUAGACAAGGAUAAGAUCAAGAGCUUGACGAAUGUCAAUCGGAUGAUCAAGCAGUUCAAUCAUCUGGCCUUCUUCGUGGCUAGCCUGAUCCUCUUGCGCGAUAAGCCUAAGCAUAGAGCGCAGGCGCUAGAGAAGUUCAUGAACAUCGCAGUGAAACUCCGACGCCAAAACAAUUACAACUCCUUGGGUGCCGUGAUUGCCGCCAUCAACGGCACCCCUGUCCACCGCCUCACGCAGACUCGAGACCUGAUCCCCAUCCCAGCUCAGAAAGAGUUUAUGCGUUUAGUCAUCCUCAUGAGUACCCAACGAAGCCACUUUGCUUAUCGACUUGCCUGGGAGAAUUCGUUCUCCGAGCGAAUCCCAUUCCUACCUCUCCACCGUCGCGACUUGGUCUCCGCCGAAGAAGGCAACAAGACAUUUGUCGGCGAGAACAAAUCUCGCAUCAACUGGAAGAAAUUCGAGGUCAUGGGUGAAGUUGUUCUCGGCAUCCAACGAAGCCAGAAGACUCCUCAUCCGCAGGCUCAGAAGUUUGAUGAUGUCGAGCGACUGAUCCUGGACUCGAAACUCUCUGGAGACGAAGAGUGCGGCUAUAUAGCGGAUGCCGCAUACAUUUCAAAUCACGUGAAGUUUAUCCACCCGGCUAUCCUAACCUCCGCCCAGCUUCAAGAGACCAAGACAAAAUCACUUCCACUCCCCCGGUUCCAACCAUCCACAAAAAUGUCCGCCCCCAUCCAAGCGCGCACAACCUACCGCGCUCUCCUCCGCGAACUCCCACGCCGCAACCUCAAAACCCCAUCCCCACUCCACCAAAAUCUUCGCGCAAUCUUCCGUUCAGCACCAGCGACUUCUUCGUUGGAACCGGGUUCAAAAUCCAACGCCCUCCCCUUCUCAAUCCCCAAAACAGAUGAAGAACGCACCCUCCGUCUCCAAGAAGCAGAACAGCUCGCUCAGUAUGCCCGCGCCCAGCGUGUCUACUCUGACCUCCUAGAGCGCUAUAAUCCUGGCAUGGGUAUGGACGAGGAAGAGAAGAUUCGCCUCACGGCUAGACGGGUUGGGUUUGAUUUGCCUGAGUUGCAUACUGCUGAGGGGAAGGAAUAG